AUGCGUGUCCACUCCAGCAGAUCUCUCGCAAAUGUGCCGACUGCCCACUCGCACGAAGCGAGGUUUCCGGCGGUGUCUGGCGCGGACGCGUACAGCGCGAACCUGGCACUGCAUAGCCUCGUCGACGAGACGACCGUUGUGUCUGAGCAUGGCUCCGACGCUUACGAGAGAGCCUCCUAUUACAACGGCAUCACCGGAGACGACGACCACCCGGUACUCGUCUACCGUUCCGACUACUUCACCACGCCAUUCCCCAAGCCUGAUGACAGGUUCCCCCAUAUCCCCGUCAAGUCACUCCGCGGAGUCUUCAAUACCCCGCUGAAUCAAAUCUGGGGUGCUAUCGGUCCCCAAGUUCGCGACAUCGUCAAGGUGCGGAACAUCCAGUGGUCGUCCAUAGACACGGCCCGAUUUGACACACACGGUCCGUUGGGAGAGGAGGACAUGGGGAGUCUCGGACCGGUCGUCAUCUGGAUUGGCGUCCUUCCCGGUUCUGCCCCCCCCCCGACACAGCCCGACACAGCCCACGAUGUCUCUCAGCAGAUCCUUGAUCUUCUGCGGAAGAACGGCGUCGACGGGUUUGUAGUAGAAUGGAGGGAGGCAGUCGCGCAGAGGUUGGCAGGCUCCCCACUCCUACAACAUGCCGACAGCUUUGAUCCCACCCACUACGUCCGCCGCUUCCUUACUGCUCUUCACUGCGUCCCCCUUACCGCCGCAGAUAUGGAAGAAGAAGAUUCCCAGGGCACACUCACCCUGUGGUUUACCGAAGGCACAGGUGACGACGGUAAGCCCAGCGACAAAGUCUACGGGCUCAGCAAUUGCCACGUUCUACGCAAGAAUACCGCCCUCAAUUUCUCGUACAAGCGCGGCGCAGCCAAGAACCACGCUGCAAGCGAGUGGAGGCCACGACCCCGAGCGCGGAAAAGGUGGAUUCGAGGCAAGCUGGAUGAAGAGAACGAAGCCAUUGCCGGUCUCGAGCAGCUCCACGACGAAGUGACCAAAUCCUGGAUCGAUCUCAAGCUCCGACGCAACAUUGGCCACGUCGUAUACGCUCCAGCCAUCAAGGUUGACGAAGGUCGCACUGGAUACACCGCCGACUGGGGUGUGUUUUGGCUGCGGAGGCGAAGGUCAAAGGUGCCUUUGAAGGCAACGUGGUUGAUCUCGUAUACUCCGCUACAGCUCAGGGAUAUGUUUCAUCCGGGUGCGGGGGGUCGGACCGCGUUCAAGUAUCCCGAAGAGGGGAAGCUCAAGAUCCAUGGCUGUGCUACCAAGGAGGACCUCGCCGUCCCUACCGAGUUCGAUAGUCAAGGCCAAUGUUGCCUUAUGGUCGGAAAGGACGGGAACACCACCGGCCUCACUGUCGGACAUUAUGCCGGCCUCGAAUCGUUCGUUCGCAACGCAGUUGGCGUCGAAUCCAUGGAGCUCACCAUUUACAACUCUGGCAACAAGGCCGUCGAAGCCUUCUCUGCCAAAAGAGACUCGGGCUCUUUCGUCUGGCACAUGAAGGACGGCAAAGCUUACAUCGUCGGCCAACUCCACUCUCGCCACAACAAAGGCGGUUCGACCAGCAAUCACGUAACGUAUUGUACUCCUGGAUGGUGGCUCCUAACCCAGAUUCAGAAGAAGUACAAGAAUGCCAUUUUUUACCCUGAUUCCUGGCCGGUUCGAGAGCAACUUCAGCGGUUGCACGGGUCCGUUUUUCUCCGCCUUGUACUCAUGUCCACAGAGCUGACGGAAGUCGAAGCUUGUGCGUUCGCGAGCAACUUCAUGUCUUCUUCGUCUUUGGCCUCCUCACUUCUACCAUGCGCCCAUUCUCUGGUCCUCAUUGUCGAUUGCGAAUCAUUCCCCUCAGGCUAUCCCUAA